AUGCUUCCUCCAGCAUUGAACAUCCCUAAAUGGCUCGAAGAAAACUCCCACCUCCUCCAACCACCAGUAAACAACUACUGCGUCUAUCACCCCUCAUCCCCCGCCACAGCCGGCUACACAGUGAUGAUAGUGGGCGGGCCCAACGCCCGAACAGACUUCCACAUAAACACCACACCCGAGUUCUUCUACCAAUACCGAGGCUCAAUGCUCCUCAAAACCGUCGAUACCUCUACCACACCUCCCAUGUUCCAAGACAUUCCCAUCCACGAAGGUUCGAUCUUCCUACUGCCCGCGAACACACCCCACUGUCCCGUGCGCUUUAAAGAUACCGUAGGUGUCGUUAUGGAACAGCCACGCGCUGAGGGUGCAAUGGAUAGUAUGAGGUGGUACUGCAGGAAUUGCAAGGAGAUUGUCUGGGAGAAGCGGUUUGUGUGUACAGACCUUGGGACGCAAGUCAAGGAUGUUGUUGAGGAGUUCGCGGCCGAUGAGGAGAAGCGCAAGUGUAAGCGCUGUGGAGAGACUGCGGCAACGAGGUAUCAGGAUGGGGAGAUUAUUCAGCCGUGA